UGAACUUAGAGGAAACGAAGCUUUAAAACCACCAUUUAUGGAACGAGUUUAGCUUUCAUGUCUCACUAAAGAAGAAAUUCUCUGUUUCCCAGUUGUGGAAACAUAAAUACCGAAUAGUUGACAGCUACGAAAAGACGUGAACAGCCAAAUAAUUACCUUCACGCCGAAAAAGAAACAAACAUGGCGAGUGAUGCUAGUGAUGACAGGCGUGUUUCGCAAAUAACUUGUUACGAUCGCUACGGCUUUGCAGUGUAUGAUACAAGUUCUGAAUUUGCAGUUGAUGACUGUAGAACCCACGAAUACAGGUGAGAUCGUGGUCAUUUCUCACGUUAUUGUAGCGCCUUCAAUGUAGGUCUCUAACUUGAAAUUUCGUGAACUUAACAAUUUGGCUGCAGAGUAGCCAUAUCAGACGGGGCUGCUUUGUUUAUACAAACGCUUGAUAUAAAAUCAAACAAUGCGUUAUUACUCUGUCGUAUAUAUGGUUGCUUCGCAUUCCUCCAUUGACGAGUUUAGUUUUAAAGAUUGAUCGUGAAAGACAGCUGAUUAUAUACAUGUAUCCUCUGAUCACAAGCUAGUUGUCAUUACAAUCUACAGCUGAAGAAUUGAGACCACUCUUCGGUGCUGUAGUCCCGACACAUUUUUUAUCUAUGUGUUAGACAAAGUUCCUUUACUUUCGACCAAAUGUUUUUCCAUUUUGUAAACUAGAGAACAUUCAGAUGCUGAAAGUUCCAAAGUUAGACAAUUUUGGACAAAGAUGCUCUCAAACUGGGAGGAAAAUCAGCUCUUUUCUCCUAAACGGGUAAGCAAAAAUUUUUGUGUCAAAAUAGACAUGAAUAAAAGCAUUAUAAACAUUUUUGCAACUGACUCUUGGUUGCUGUCUCAGUUCAGAUAUUGAUCAACAAGAAGAAAAUAUCAAUGUCAAUUUUGAAUAGGUUCUUUGUUGCUAUGCAUCUGUUAAGUAAUAGAUUACAGAUGAUGUCAAAAUGUGGCAAGAACAAAGAAGUUGCAUGCAAGUCACAGCCUAGUGUGUCACUGAUACAAAUGUAUACUUAUUGCAUAAUGACACCUUCUGUGAUCUAUCAUGGCAACAUAGAAUCUACUUGUUUUAAUGUGAUAAAGAAGCAAAAAAAUGUUAAACCUUAUUCUCCUUACUGUCAACCAUACAAGUCUUACUGUAUAAUGUUAGUUCAGAAAAUUUAGUAUUGGAUCAACUAAUUAUCCCCAAAUUGAUAUUUUUCUUUAUUCUCAUCACUUAUCUGGUUGGUUAUGUAUUGAUAUUUUUCUUGGUCACUCAUGGGAGUUAAAGGUUUAAUGGUCAUGUGUCUGUGCAUCUGUCCUCCGAUAGAUUUUAACCUUUUAAUCCUCAAGAGUGACUAGCAUCUAAUUUCUCCUUACGAUAUCACCCUUGAAUCAAAAAUUAAGGUCAUGAGAAUAAAGGAAAUGAUCACCAACUAAAGCAGCUCUUGAUUAUUAAACAAAUUCUCUUUGUCAGCACCUUGGGAAAUGUGUAGUGAAUAACAGUAUGGAAAAUAUUGAUACUGAUGUUAGGGAGUAAAGGGUUUAAAGUAAGAACCAAUCAAAAUGCAUGGGUAAUUCAGCUUAUUGCAAAACAACAAUUUGUGAGAGUGUUAGUUGAUAAUCUUCCAGCUGUUGGUUGACAUCUGGUCAACUGUCACACAACUAUUGAUCAACAGUUGAGAGAUGAUCAACCAACGGUUGACAGAUACAUUAAAUCAAAAUCAACUUAUUCAUCAAUCUAACCUCUGAGCUUAUGAUUUGGUUCUACAAUCUAUCUGUAGUUCUAGUUAAACCAAGGACAGUUAGUCCUUAGUAGAGGUACCUUGUACACACUGUAGCUAUAGCCGCAGUAUGGCUCUUUGAUCAAGGGAGUCCUAUAUGAUCAUAAUAAUAUCAUGGAGCAUACAUGUGCUCAUACACAGGUGCGGCACUUCAUUAAGCAAGGUGUACCUGAUGACAUGAGAGGAAAGAUUUGGAACAAAAUGGUUGGAAGCCAAGCAAUCAAGGCUAUCUCUUUAUUUGAUUACCAGGUAAUCAUAAGUACAGUUAAUAUCAGUUUUUUUUUUGGCAUAACAGUAAUGAUAGUGUAACUAAUGGUGCUGUGAAAAUGUUACGGUUCCUACGCAUCAAGAAAAAUUUAAGUUUCCAAGUUGAGCAUUUGUAACCCAUAUUAAUUCUCUAAGUUCUUAUACAUGCAAAGUUUGUUCUUUCUCCGCUAACUAUUCAUGACAAUUUGUAUCUUUGGUGUUUUACUUUUUACCAAACUUAUUUUUAAAGUUCUAUAAUUUCUUAGGCCUGCUUAGCGGAGAUACGCCAACUUCUUGUCGACUUGGGAGUCAGUGAAUAUGGAGGGACAAACUGUAUUUCAAGACUAGGGCAAAUUGUUGGUGAGAUUACAAUCUGAUAUUCCAGUUGUAAUUAGCUACAUGUACAUGUAUAAUGCAGUCAAAAGUGAUUUGUAUCCUCUAGAAUCAAUGCUAUGGAAUCAUUAACUGUGAAUUGCCUCUUUAAAAGGUUUCUUCUUGAUUUGUAUUAAUUUUUAAAGUUGACUUGAUGCUUCAAUUCCAAGUUAACAAUCUUAGUAUUCCAAAAUAGUGACAACUUUUUACUCUUUACUGUUUGUGAUAAUCAGCUGUCUUUGCCUUGAUGGUAGCUUCAAUGAUUUUGAAACAAUUUAGCUUGAAAGGAAACAAUAAGAGCUGAUGUGGCAUGGAGACAAAAGAAUAUAUUAUUUUUAGGAUAUACAAAAGUCAAGGCUUUAGUUUGUAUUCCAGUCGCAAGAUAGACAGUUAUUACACUUAUUAUACCUCAUUUUCAUUGGAGUGGCAAGGCCUUUUUGCUGUACAAGCUAUUUUUCAUGGAGUCAAUGGCAUUUACAUGUACAUUGUAAUUCUUAUGUGUGUUGUAGGAUCACUGGUCGACAACAACAAGGAAAAUCUCAUAGAUAGCCCUAAUACUGUUAUCAUGACAAGACAGUGGAAAAGGAAUCUUCAUAAGCAGAUAUCAGUUUUCAGACAAAUCAUGUUGGAUAUAGGUAGGUGAAUGUAAUAGUUUGUAAUAUUUCCCUUGUGCAGUAUACCUUUCAUAGUUUAAUUGCACCUCUCCGAAAAUUGGAAAUGAACUUUGAUUUCUUUGACAGGGUGUGAAUUAAAAAUACUCAUACCAAUCUGUGUUCUUUUGUUUGCCUCAUUAAGUGCCCAAAGCAAUCCCAAAAUUCCAUCCCACAAGUACUGUGCUUUAUCACUUCCACUUUUCCCUUCUCAAACAAAUAAAUCAAGGUUCACGUAACUGUACUUGUAAUUACAAGGAAAGUGAAAAUAAACUGAUGAUUGCAGAAAAGUUUGAUUCAAAUAGUAAGUGCUUAUAGGCUUUAAUUUCUUACCAGUCUAGUAAUUUGAAUUAUACAGAUGUGCUACAAUGUAUUCUUAAAUGGAUCCAACGUGCCUAACAGUGACUGUAAUAUUCAUUAUUUAGACAGAUCUUUCCCAAGUCAUAAGAUGUUCAUAGAAGGGACAAGUGAAGGAAAAGAGGGAAGAGCAACUCUCUUUAGAGUUCUGGCAGUGUAUGCAAUGUACAAUCCUCAAGUGUCAUAUUGCCAAGGUAAACCUCAGCCUGUUGUCCACUUUUGGGCAAAUGCUAUUUACUAUUAGUACUUGUCAUAUUGCCGAGGUAAACCUCAGCCUAUUUUCCCCUUUGGGAAAAAGCCAUUAGCUAACCAGUGCUUGUUUUACCUUCUAAUCAUAGUUUCUAAGAAACAUUUUCUUUUUUUUUUUCCUAUUAAUAAUUUUCACAGGCAUGUCAUACAUUGCAGGAAUGUUUCUUAUGAACAUGGAUGAGGAGGUAGGUUUAUUUGAUGUUUGACUCUUCUCUCAUUAAUUAAUCUCCUUAAAAUAGUGAUUCAACAAAUACAAACAGGAUAUUAGGGAUUGCUAGAUAGCCAAUAAAGGGUGGAAUAAAAGUCAUUUUGAAUCAUAUUUUCUGAAUAAAUUUCCCAUAAACCAAUAAAAACCCUCACACUACAGGACUCCAGUAACUCCUCCACUACACAAUCAACAUCUGGAUGGAACAUGCACUCUUCAAUGCAUUUUUCACUGAACAACUUUUCCUUAAAAUGGAGACAAUUUAAAAGAAAAAAUGACAGAAAUUCAUUUUUUUGAUUUUAUGAUUAAGAAAAAGUUUAAUUAUUUUCAGAAUUUAAUUUUUUUUGGAAUUGAAUAAACAGCAUUUCUGUAUAUGAUUUCAAACUUUAUACAAUUUCUUUCAGGAUUCCUUUUGGUGUUUGGUUUCUAUGUUUGAGAGACCAAAGUACUUAGCUGGCUAUUUUAAUGAUUCACUUGGAAAGUAAGUUCCUUGACAGUAACACCAAGAGAAAGCUUUGUUUUGCAAUUGACCGUUUUGUCCUGACUGUGUCCUUUUUUUGAUGAACUUUGCUUUCCUCCACUCUGUGAUUCAACCAACUCAUCAGAUGAUGAUAAAACCUUCUUUUCCUUUUUUGCAAACAAGUUUCCUCACAAGUUACUUUCUUUUAUUUGACUUGCAUUCCCAAUGACUGAUUUUAUUUACCUGUAACACUAGUAAGCCUUACUCUUUUCAUCUGAAGAGUAACACCAAUAAAACUUGUAACAAAACAAUGCAAAAAAGUUGAUUGUGUGGCAUAACUAGCUUCCCUGUAGAUACACACUGCAUAUUAAUUAGAUGUCAUACAAUGUAGCAGUCUGAAAUUUAUUGCUUCUAUGUCAUAUCUUUAGGAUACAAAGACAUGCGUCAGUUUUUGAGAGACUAAUGCGACAGAGACGAACUAAGCUACACAAACACCUGGUGGAGUCUUUUUACAAUUUUUUUCCAGUUGUCUAGUUUUACACUUCCAUUUACACCUUCUUGGGGUUAGGGUGAUAAAACUGACCUGAUGGUGUUCUCUUACAGCAGUUUUGAAUAGAAGGUUCACAAUUGAUUCCUAACAGCUUAGCAAUUGGCCCCUCCAUUUGAGUACAUCUUAAAGAUUUCUAAGGCAGACAAAUCAGCAACCCCCAGGGGUGACAAUAAAAGUUAUUACAUGUCAAUUGAAAUUUUAAGAAUGGAGGGGCAUGUCAAAAAUUAAUCAUCAAUGUCAUUUGUAAGAUACUUGCAUUUUAUAUGUAGCUACAAUGGCCUAAUACGUUAAGUUAUUGAUACAAGGCCAUCUGUUGUGAGAUUUAGUAUAAUUAUGAAAAUCUACAGGUUUUGAAAUUCAAAGCCUUCUUUGGGAAAACAGUUUAGUACACAAUUAAGACCUUUUCUGGUGGCAAAUAGUGAUGCUCAAAUCUGAAUUCUAGGAGAUGCAUGGUGUGUCGCCUCUCAUGUACCUGACACCAUGGUUCAUGGCCUUGUUUACAUCUCUCCCAUGCUGGGAUGCUGUGCUCACCAUUUGGGAUUUGCUUCUCUUGGAAGGUAUGAUGCUGUGGUCGUGAUAAACAAGGUUUACUUUGUGAGUAACCCUUUACUUCCUAACAUCAGUAUGCAUAUUUUCCAUACUGUUCUGUAUUUAUUUCCUAAUGUGCUGACAAGGAGAAUUUGUUUCACAAUCCAGAGCUUCUUUAGUUGGUGAUCAUUUUCUUCAUUCUCAUGACCUUAAUUUGUGACUGCGAGGUGAUAUUGUAUGGAGAAAGUAAAUUCUAUUCAUUCAUUAAAAGAGAGGAUUGUUAACACUAUGCCUCCAUUGAAUACAAUCAUUGUGUAUAGGUUGAUUUUAUCUAGUGUUCCAAUUUUCCAAGUAAAGAAAAAAAAAUUAAACCAGAGACAGAAUCAAACCACAUGUACAUAACAAAAGUUGUAAAAAUUAACAGCUUGUCCAUUUGGCAGUUUCUUUGGGUGCAUUUAGCUCAGCUGAAUUGAUUACUAGUAGUCAUCUGUUAUUUCAGGCAUGUCCAUUAUCUUCCAAGUUGCCCUUGCACUUCUGGAUGUCUUGUCAGGUUUGCUAUUUUGUUUAAUUUUUGGUAAUGUUGUUAUUGGUGCGGCAGUUUAUUUAUGGAUCACAUCUUUUAGUUGUACAUUGAAGUAGAUCCUUUUCUUUCUCUUUUCUUUGUGAUCUAUCAUUGGUAGUGUGCAAUAUGUCAGAGAGAAUCCAUAUAUGUAUGUCUUAUUCACCAAUUUUAUGGACCACUCUGGAGAAUGCAGAAUGUGAGAUUUACAUGUACAUCUUCAUUAUUUGGAAUUGCAGUUGAGAUUCUUCCAUUGACGGAAAUAGCACAAGUUCUGCCGAUAUUACUGCGUCCUUCAGCAAGUUUGUAAGUCAAUUAAAAUCUAUGAAAUGCUCUCUUAUUGAACAUAAUGCAGCUGAACCUUGAAACAAAUGCCACCUUAAUAACAAAGGAGAGAAGCUAUGAUAAAGAGGUUGCUGUCAUAGGGAAGUGAGGGUAUGGUAUGGCGAAGUCUGUUCUCGUGAGCCAUGUGACCCAUCCACCUGGAGCUUAUCCUGGUUUCCUGCUCCCUCUUGGAUGGGAUGCCUGUUCAUCAGGGUUACCUCUUGGCAAUUCAUCAGGCUUCCCUGAGAAUUGGCUGGUACCUAUUUAUACUCCUGGGUGGAGAGGGGCACUGUGAGAAUAAAGUGACUUGUCCAAGCACACAACACAAUGACCUGGCCAGCUCUUGAACCCAGACCUUUCAUCCCAGAUUCUGGCUCACCUACUAUUAGGCAACUGUCUCUCAGACCAAUAAAAAGACACCAGAAAUGAAUGCUAAAAUGAGGAGUGUUAAUAAAACCAAACAGUCUUUGGUCAAGUUUGUUAACUUUUAUUUUCUCUUACAUGAAAAAGAGCUGUUAAGGAUUGUUUGCUUGAGUGAGCUGUCUCACAUUUUGCUGACAAGAUCUUCAUUUAUUGUUUAACCCUUUAAUCCAUACAGUACCACUCCUGAAUCAAACAUGUAAGGUAUGGGAAUUCCCACUAAAGAAGCUCCUGAUUGUCAAACAAAUUCUCCCUGUGGGUACUGUAGAAUUUGUUGAGCUAAUAAUAUGGAGAAUAUGCAUGUUGAUGUAAGGCUGUAAUUGGUUAACCCUUUAACUCCCAGAUCAAAUUUGUAAUUCUCCUUACUGUCAACCAUACAAUUCUUAGGAUGUUAGUUCAGAGAAUUUAGUAUUGGGUAAACUAAUUAUCCCCAAAUGGACAUUUUUCUUUAUUCUCGUCACUUAACUGAGUAACAUUGUAUUGAUAUUGUAAGGAGAAAUUCUGUCUUGGUCACUCAUGGGAGUUAAAGGGUAAUUAACUAUGGAUGAGGUGUUUAGGGUACAUAAAUCUGAGUCCAGUUUUACCAUCUCAACAGGAUCACUCGUGAAAAGCUGGUCGCCGCAAUUUGGAAAGUGAAGCCAAUUUUAAGAUGGGAAAUUGACUCAAUUCAAGCCAUACUUGAUGAGGAAGAGACCGGUUGCAAAGGUAUUGUGUUUAUUGUACUCGUUGUAUACCUCUGGAGCUGAUGUAAGACUUUUAAGUAAUCUUAUUCGCUGAUGACCCCCUUAUAACUUGUAUCUAGUAAAAAGAAGAAUGCGUCCUUCCUCAUGAAGGCUUUCAAUUUUUAUACCUGGUUUAAGAGUUUUUCCUGAAAGGUCUCCAAGAACCUCAGCUGAAACUGUCGUUUUAAGAACACCAACAAGCAUCUUUGCGUACCAAAGCGGGACUGUUCUUGUAUCAUGGCUUAAUCUAAUUGCCAUCCUACCAUUCUCCAGGGUUUACGACACACAAUACAAUAUUUUUAUACCUGGUUUAAGAGUUUUUCCUGAAAGGUCUCCAAGAACUUCACCUGAAACUGUAGUUUUUAGGACACCAACAAGCAUCUUUGCGUACCAAAGCGGGACUGUUCUUGUAUCAUGGCUUAAUCUAAUUGCCAUCCUACCAUUCUCCAAGGUUUACGACACACAAUACAGCUCACGCCUACUUAAGCAAAUUCCACGCGCGAAACACGCAAAUCUCUCGCAUACGAAUGCGUGAAGAUUACACGCAAUCUUCCAACUGUGGCUACUGUAAUCAAGUACAGUUCGUGUUUUGCAAAAUGUCAACGACUUGUGUUCCUGCUAAUUUUUCUUCUUUUACCACUCCUCUUAGUUUAAGGAGUAGCACGCCAUUACUACAUACAUGUUUGUGUUGUAAAAUUUGGACUGGAAGAUUGAUUUAGAUACAAGCCUUUUAUUCUAUGCCUCUGGUUGUUCAGUACCAGACCAAGGAAUCAUUUGCAACAUUACGCGCGUGUAACGAGCAAAUGCGUGUUGUUACUUGCGCGGAGGUAUUUAUUCGCUCUUAUUCCUUGUCUUGGUAGCAAAUACAACAAGAGGUAACAAGAGAAGUUUGAACAAUCAGAAUGAGGACGACAACAGGAAAAGACAACGAGCCUUCAGCAAUCAAUCCCCUCAAGGUAGAAUAAAAAAGGCUUCUAAAGAUAGGGAGAAAGGUUGUUUCUAAAUAUACAUGUAGCAUAUUUUCAUGUUUGUUGCUGUUUUCACUCUUCAUGUAGCACCGGCUGAACCGUCCUUUUUCCAGCGCUUUGUUGGAUUUUUUUCUUCGAACGAUGAAUCAGAGGCCAAAUUUACCACUAACGACAUCGAGAUGACCACAUUUUCAGUUGUCAGCGGGCAAAGUCCAAGUGUGCUGACGCCCUCGUUAUGCUGUUCAGCAGCAGGAGCCUUGAAGACACAGCAUGGAAAAGGUUUGUGUUAUUGGCACUCGAGAAACUGCGCAUGUCACGAAAUAGCUUGUAAAUCCAUGGCAAAUCUGUUGCGAAGCUAUACUUAGCAGUGCUUUUGAAAAAUAUAAAAGCGGUGACAUUAAACCCACAACAAGGGUUUUUUUUUAACCUCAAGCAGACAACCAGCGCUGAAGGUUGCAUACGUUUUUCAGCUCUGUCCAGGCAGAAGAGUAACGUCACAUUGAUGUAGCCUCUCCAACCUGGAAUUCCGCAUUACAAUCAACUUUUCUUUAAAUAACAUACAAUAUCCCCAUCUUGUUCCCCUAGUGAGCGGUCUUAGGAAGCCCGUGGGUCAGCACAAACGUCAUAAUCGUUACAAUAAGGUAUCCCGCAGAAGAUCUAACAAUGGGAAAGAUGUGCUUAGAAGACGUCACGUGGUUUUCCAAGGCAGUUUGGGGAGUCCUGUAAGGAGAAGUCCGCGCUUCGCGGAACAGCGAACCCCCGUGGGGACUGUGGUGAGUAAACAGCGGUAAAACUGAAGGAAUUAUGGAACGCAGCGAAAAAGAUAUCCUUGAUGUGAAUAGUCAGUUGGAUGAAAUUAAUUGGAAGGGUGCAUUGUUAUUAAUUUUUAAAAUUCCAAGAUAUGAUUAAUAAUUAACGCUUCCUAAAACAUUCACAAAUUAUCCAGGAAACAUAUUCUUGCAAAAAAACUUGAAAUAUAACUACUAUCAAUGGAAGCAAAAAAAACUGCCGGCACAUCCAGCACGCGUAAUUGUAAAAGACGUAUACUGCGUUAGCUUUAUACUGUUUGUUGUGCUUUUUCGUUUUUUGACAGCACUUUUUUUAGCUUUGCCGUUAUUCCUAUCUUGUGAUCAGUUUUUAUUCAGUUCUCUGUUGUUUUUGUCCAGAUCUGUGAUAUCAAACUUGGACCACAAACUACAUCAGUUAUUGCCAGAUAGGAACAUCUCGAAAUGCAUUUUAAGGAGGCCACGCGUUUCAAACGUAUUGCGACUCGCACAGACAGUUUUGAAAAUACCUUCAUUUUCGAUAUGGCAAGCAACUUGUAAAUGUAUUUACAACAUUUAAGCCUAUAGUAUUUUAUAUUAUACGUAAAUCAUAGAUCCUAGCAUUAUUGAAAAUCAUUAUUAUCAAACUUUUUACCUUCAUUUGAAUUGUAUUUUGACGCAAUUUUGUCUGCGACUGCGAUGUAACCAUCCAAAUAAAGCUAUUAUAUUCUAUUCUAUUCAUGAAGUAGAUUACCAUUACCUUGGUAAGUUUAGGUUCCAUAUUGAAACGUCUUCUUCUUUUGUCUGUGUUCUUUUUUUGAAGGCAAAGGUCCAGUCUCCCAACAGUCUGGUGCGAAGGUAAGUCAAACAAUUUAAAGUAAUGAUAUCAUAUGGUGCAACUUCUUUUCAAAGGGCGUGCACCCUCGUGAAGGCAUUUUUUUUUUUCAUGGUGUCUCUCUCUACCCAGGAGCGUAUAGGGGUAGGAACAUAUUAUCAGGAAAACCUGAUGAAAUGCUGGGAGGGGGUUAACAUCCUAUUUUCUGAUAUCCCAUACUAGGGAGCAGCAAUAUCCCUCGUCGCUUCAUGCUACAGAGCAAUUUUCAAGCAAGUGUCGAAAGUAAUCCAAGAUUGUACUGGUUGUACUUUACUUCGAUCUGUGAUUGGGCCAGAAAACUUACGCCACCCUCUCAACCAAUCAGAAGCAAAACUAAAACCAACCAUGGGCUGGUCACGUGAAACACUGCGCUUCAGGCAGUUUGCUUGUUUUGACUUUGAGUUCGAACUGGCUACUUAGAGAGAGCAUUAUAAUGCUCUCCUUUGUUGUGACUGAUCUUCGUGAUUACUUUGUGUUUGGUUAACGACACUCAAUCAAAGAGCCACUAGAUUUGUACGACGUACUUUUACCUUUGCUUGGUUUUUUUAAACAAGCAACCAGUUGUAUUUUAGUAAAUUUUCCUCAUUAGCUGGGAAAAAGGCGCCAUUUAGAGCAAGAAAUGGUGCGAUUCGUGAAUAAAUCGCACCAAUGAGAGCUAAUCAGAUUACAAGGAUCACCAGUGAUUCUAAAAUGGAUGUAAUAAACCAUUAAUAACUUUGCAUUUGUUGUAUUCAACGAUCUUUAGCUCUGCCACAAAUCAACACGCCUUCAAGCAGUUCAAUACUCCUACCCCUCUCAGACGCUCUCAGGUAUGAGUACAUUUGCAUCUUUUUCGUCCUUCAGCUGUAUUUUCAUUGAUACACGUAAAGAAAAAGUCAAAUGCGUGGGGAACGUAGUGGUUCAUUAGUUUACGCGCUGGAUUUCGAACCGAACGAUCUGGGCUCGAGUCCUGGUAGGAAUGACUUUGUUGUGGUCCUCUCAACUCAAGAGUGUAAAUUAUGCAACCGGUCCUAACCAAUCAUCAGGGAGAUGUGAUAAUCUAAUGGCUUGCAGUGAACUGAUAGACAUCUUUUUUUUGUCACCAAUCAUCUGAAAGUGAACAAUUCCUCAAAAUUCCCCUAAAUUGACUCGAUCAUUGAUCUUUCUCUAUCGAAAACUUAAGGAUCAGGUCGGAUUGAGUUUCAGGAAAAUUCAGUUGAGCUUCGGGAAUACUGCGAUCAAACGUGAGAAAAAAUAUUUCCAUUUAAUUUUGUAGGUUAAACCUCUUUUUCAACAUUCCCCGUCAACUUUUGAAUCAUCUCCAAAGCCACUGACGUCACCUGACCUCUUGAUGUCACCGGAUUUGGAAAUGACGUCAUUUGAAUGUAAGGAGAAGAGACUUGACUUUACGUAG